AUGUCCAAGUUAGAGCAAUUGGCCAAACAGAGAUUACUCUCAAGGCAGGAAAAUUCCAAGAAACCCAUAGACUCUAAUACAAACACUAAAGGUGCAUCUCUUUUAGAUAGAUUGAAAACUUCAAAGAUCGAAAAGAAAACAGAAUCAAAACUAACCCUCUCGGAUGUAUUGAAGAACUCAAAGACCCAUGCAACUGAAGGAACAGAAAAACCUGCUUCCUUAAGUUCUUUAAGUUCAAGAUUACACAAUUUACAAUCGAAAAGACAAAGGGAAGAGAAUAUUGCAACUAAAGGUGAACACAAUAAAAACAUAGCAAAUGCCCAAACACCAACAGUGGAAGCAAAAAAGUUGAAGGCACAUGAAUCUGAAGAAUUAAAGAACAUUAGAACUUCUUUAUCAUAUUUUACAGAAAUUAGAGACCAAGAUAAUAUACCGUCAAAAUAUUAUAAAUCUUCUACCAAAGGGUCUCAAUCGCACUUGAUAGAUGGAACACACAACAAGACUAGUUAUGUUCAUAAUAAAAGAAUACUGGCUGAAUUAGAUUUCAUCUUUUGUCCUUUAAGUAAGAGAAAUAGAAUAGUACAAAAUUUUUCAAAAUUAAGUCCAGAUGAUCAGAUCGUAGAGGCUCAAACGGGUGCAUUUAAAGAUGUUACCAAGAAGGUGGCAAAUCUAUCUAUAAAACCACCAAAGAGAUUACAGAAAAAAGUUGAGACAAAGGAGGCCAUCACACGAAUUAAUGCCCACCAAUAUAUUGCGAAGAAUAAAUUACAUCCUACUGUAUCCAUAGUUGUACUUGGACACUCAGGUAGUGGUAAAUCUACAUUAAUUGGUAAAUUAUUAUAUGAUCUAGGGGUUUUCAAGAUUCAAGAUGUCAAUGAUUUGAAAAUUAGACUUGAGAGAUCCCAAUAUAGAAGUGAAAAAAACUUAUUCUGGUCGUGGUUGCUGGAUUAUGAUAGAAAAUCUUCAAAAGUCAUGGAAAAAUCAAUAAGAUCCGAGGAAACUCUAUAUGGUGCACAUAACUAUAGGAUAACUGAUGUCCCAGGUACAAAGAAAAUGUUAUCUUCUGAGCUUUUACGUGUCAUGAGUUCCAGUGACAUCGGCCUUCUCGUGAUUGAUUGUGCCAUAGAUGGAUUUGAAAAUGGUUUUAACUUGAAUGGCCAAAUAAUCGAACAUUGUGUGUUAGCAUACUCAUGUGGUGUGAAAAAAUUAAUUAUUGCAAUGAAUAAACUAGAUACAGUUGAUUGGCACCAGGAAAGAUUUCAAGAUAUCAAAGGAGAGUUACUCCCAUUUCUAACAAAUAUUGGUUUUGAACAUAAUCAAUUAUCCUGGGUUCCUUGUUGUAGUAUAGUAAAUACGAAGGAAGAUGGUCUCUUUAAACCUAUCUAUAACCAAAUGUGUCCAUGGAACACUGAGAUGAAAAGUAUAUUUGACAUUAUUCAGAAUGAAAGCAUAACUCUAGAUAAUUCUAAAUUAUCGGAUGUGAAAGAAAAAUUGGCAAUGACUGUAGACAAAUCUGCAGUUGGAAGGAGAUUCUCGGGCACAGUGAAGUUUGGUAAUAUCCAAAAAGAUGAUAGUGUUACAGUUCAACCAGAUGGUUAUAAUAUCUCAAUCAAAUCUAUUGCAAAGAAAGGAAAAUCAGUUCCUAUUGCGAUCACUGGUGAUAACAUUUCCGUAGAAUAUAAGUAUGAAGGAAUGGAUAAAGAAGACAAUGUUAUUAUUACUGAACGUAAUGUUAUUUCAACUUCAGAUAACUACCAACUAAUAGUGGCAAAUAGUGAUCAUGUCGUCCUUGAUAUUAGAUUGUUCGAUAUAUAUGAUACACAAAUCUCUGAUGGGACUAGAUUGAAACUAUUUACAAGUACAGUUGAACAGGAUGUUAAAAUUAGUAAGAUUUUAAACCGAAGAGACAUUAUAUUAAAAGUGGAGGUCGAAGUCAAUGAACCAAUUAUCCUAACGCCUGGACGUAAUGUUGUUAUAUUAAGAAACAAUAUGAACAGAACCAUUGGUAUUGGAAAACUAUUACAAUAA